AUGAUCGGUUCGGCGCCGACUCCGAGUGCUGCUCCUCCUGGCAGCGACAACAGCCCUCCGCCUCCUGGCAGUGAGGACGGCACAACGGCUCCUCCCGCCCCUGUGCGAGUGCCGGGGAGCAACGACACUCCUGGCAGCGCGGGUUCAGGUCAAUACUGCCUGACUUCUGCCACCUUUCUCAUGGCUGCUGUAGUGACUGUGGCAUCCCUUGUGCUCUGA